AUGGCCAUGGAGCAGGGAAGAGUGACGGAAUUCGAAGGAAAGAGCCUCGACCAGAUACAAAUUGAGCCUGAAGGGAGAGCAGUAGAGAUCCUCUCACAAACGGACGGGCUAAAAGAAACUUCAAGCGGAGAACCUUCAACCAUUCAUCCAGAUGCACCCCAUGGUAGUGGCAGUGCCCCUUCUGAACGUCUCCGGGCUCUGCAGAAGUCUCACUCUGACACACCGGGCUCAGACCUGUUCAGCCUCUUUGUGGACCGGUCUGGAGAGGUCCUGGAGAGGUCCUGGAGAGGUCCUGGAGAGUGCAGAUCCCACUUCCUGAGCUCCUCUGCGGGGUGUUUCUAUCCACAGACUGGUCCGACGAAAGCCCCUCACGAGCCCCGGCCCCUCACCCUGAGCCCAGCCCCUCAUGAGCCCCAGCCCCUCACAGAGCCCCAGACCCCAGCCUCACAGAGCCCGCCCCUCACUGAGCCCCAGCCCCUCACUGAGCCCCGGCCCCUCCUCCUGAGCCCCAUCCACCCCAUGAGCCCGCCCCUCACAGAGCCCCGCCCUCACAGAGCCCCGCCCCAGAGCCACAGAGCCCCGCCCCUCAGAGCCCCGCCCCUCACUGGCCCGCCCCGGCCCCUCAUGAGCCCCGGCCCCUCACUGAGCCCCGGCCCCCAGCCCCCUCACAGAGCCCCGGCCCCUCACUGA